CAAAACUCUACCUUGAGGAAAGUCAACUUAUCGUUACCCGCGAAAUGUCUCCGCUUACUAACCUCCGUGUCAUUCAGAAACAUUUCGCUCAUUCAGACCUAUUUUUCCGAGUGGAAACAUAAAGUAAAAAUGGAGCAAAAUGGAGCAAAAUCUACUAGCGGAAAUAACGAAGAAAUCCUUAAAGCCUUAAGACCUGAUGAACACCUUACGGAAACAGAUAAAGUAGAUAUUGCAAACGAGAUAAAUGAUUCUUUUCUUUCCCCAAUGGCUGAAUUUACUCCUCUCACUCCAGAGAAUUACCAAGAUCUGUUAUUUGGCGCAGCUAAUGAUUCUACUGUCACAAUUGCUGCAGGAGACGUAUUUAAAAAACUGUCAACGCUUAAUCCAAGGAAAGCCCACGGCCCUGAUGGAAUACCAACAUGGGUGUUAAAAGAGAAUGCUGAUUUAUUGGAACUUCCAGUCAAAGAGAUCCUAGAUAGUUCUUACCGCGAAUGCCGUAUUCCACAAUCUUGGAAAGAGGCCGACAUUAUUGCUAUCCCUAAAAAGAAACCCAUAACUGACAUUAAUAACAACCUACGUCCAAUAUCAUUAACACCUAUUUUAUCAAAACUGGCCGAAGAAUUCGUGGUUGAACAACACCUAAAACCUGCGGUAUUAGCCACAAUUGAUAAAAGGCAUUCGGAUCCAUCCCGAAUUCAAGCACUACACGAUUCAACUAUGUCUGAAGUCAUAAAUAAAGAUCAACCUAGUAUAAUGCAAGCGUAUGUCAACGAAUUCUCUUCAAAAUCCAGAAGUGAUGGUAUGCAGUUAAAAAGUCCAAAUGCAAGGAACUUCGAAUAA